AGGUCAGAAACCUGUGUUUCGACCAAAACGUCCAGUGGCAUACGCAACAUAUCAAACCGUCGAUGAAGAACUGGACCGACUUGAACGUAUGAGCAUCAUCACACCAGUCGACUACUCGGACUGGGCCGCUCCAAUCGUGGUUGUCCGGAAGGCUAAUAGUAGUAUUCGGAUUUGCGGCGACUAUUCUACAGGACUGAACGACGCACUCCAGACAUUUUCGUAAAGCUUACCAACUGUACAGUGUUCAGCAUCAUCGACAUGUCGGAAUCAUAUCUUCAGGUCGGCGUCGAUGAGACAACUAGUAUGCUUCUCUCCAUCAAUACACAUCGGGGCAUAUACAAAGUAAAUCGUCUUGCGCCCGGCGUGAAAGCUGCACCAGGAGCAUUCCAACAGCUUGUGGACACCAUGUUAGCAGGUCUCAAGCACACGUGCGGUUACAUCGAUGACAUCAUUGUAGGCGGAGAAAACGAAGAAGAGCAUUGGCGGAAUCUGCAGGCAUUGUUCCAACGUCUUCAGGAGUUUGGAUUUACAGUUCGGUUGGAAAAAUGUUCGUUCGGACGUUCUCAGAUAAAAUAUCUGGGCCAUUUACUCGAUCAGCACGGAAUCCGCCCUGACCCGUCAAAAAUAGAAGCUAUCAAGCUCAUGCCUGCACCGAUGAAUGUAUCUGAAGUUCGUUCUUUCCUUGGAGCCAUAAAUUUUUAUGGAAAGUUCGUUCCGAAUAUGCGAGCACUUCGAUACCCUCUGGAUGAGUUGCUGAAGUCAGAAGCCAAUUUCAAUUGGACAACGGAGUGUCAGACUGCUUUUGAUAAAUUUAAGCAGAUUCUAUCAUCGGAUCUCCUCCUGACCCACUAUAAUCCAAAGUUAGAGGUCAUUGUGUCAGCUGAUGCAUCUUCAGUUGGCCUAGGAGCAACGAUUUGCCAUCGGUUCCCGGACGGAUCAUUGAAGGUCGUCCAACACGCAUCCAGAGCAUUGGCACCGGCGGAGCGCAAUUACAGCCAACCUGAUCGUGAAGGACUAGCCAUAAUAUUCGCAGUUACGAAGUUUCAUCGCAUGAUUUUUGGUCGCCGAUUUCGACUCCAAACAGACCAUGCACCAUUACUCCGAAUUUUCGGUUCAAAAAAAGGAAUCCCGGUCUACACAGCCAAUCGUCUCCAGCGCUGGGCACUAACGCUGCUAAUGUACGACUUUACCAUUGAGUACGUGGCUACAAACAAGUUUGGCAAUGCCGACAUUUUAUCUCGACUUAUCAACCGCCACGUUAAACCAGAAGAAGAUUAUGUGAUCGCAGCUAUUUCGCUCGAAAAUGAUGUCAGAGAUGUCCAGCAAGGUACUCGAACGGACCCUGUUCUAGGGAAAGCUUUCCGUUUCGUCCAAGAAGGCUGGCCAAAAAUAUUGCCCUCAGAAGCAGAUCGCGAGUUGGUAAGGUUCUUCAACCGGCGCGAAUCUCUUACGACUGUACAGGGGUGUAUCCUUUUCGGAGAGCGGCUUGUCAUUCCACAUCAGCUGCGUAAGCGAUGUCUCGAUCAAUUACAUCAAGGCCAUCCCGGAAUUCAGCGAAUGAAGGCAAUUUCGCGUAGUUACGUUUAUUGGCCGACCCUUGAUGGCGAGAUCGCUGAUUUUGUAAAAAGGUGUUCCCACUGUGCAUCUGCUGCUAAAUCGCCAGCACACGUGCCACCAGUUCCCUGGCCUAAGCCCACCCAUACAAGGCAACGAGUUCACGUCGAUUAUGCUGGACCCAUAGAUGGUGACUACUAUUUACUCGUGGUGGAUUCGCACUCGAAAUGGCCAGAGAUUAUCCAAACACGCCGCAUCACCAGCACAGCUACUAUCAAAAUGCUGCGCAGUCUCUUUGCCCGCAUGGGUAUGCCAGAAACAUUGGUGUCGGACAACGGUGCCCAAUUCACGAGUGCGGAGUUUGCGGAAUUUUGCAUCGCAAAUGGUAUUGAACACAUUACUACUGCGCCAUUCCACCCUCAAUCCAAUGGUCAGGCAGAACGUUUCGUAGAUACGUUCAAGCGCACGGUUAAAAAAAUACGGGAGGGAAGAGGUUCAAUGGAAGAAGCAUUGGAUACGUUUCUGUUAACUUACCGAAGCACUCCAAAUCGGUCAGCACCAGACGGACUAUCCCCUUCAGAGAUAAUGUUCAAUCGUCGAAUUCGGACGUGCCUUGAGCUACUGCGUCCGCCACCACAACGCCCGUCAGAACCAACAGAGCAGACAACGCAAACAAGGUCAUUCAAACAAAACGAUACUGUGUAUGCAAAAAUUUAUUGCAAAAAUGUCUGGAGCUGGAUUGCCGGUACCAUUGUCGAGAAGCUUGGUAACGUAAUGUACAACGUCUUGCUUCAGAACCGUCGUCUAGUUCGAUCACACAUAAAUCAACUCAGAACCCGAUCUCCCACCAGUGCGGGUAGUACAGAAACAUGUAGUCAGUCAGCCAAGCACAGGCCGUUGCCAUUGAACGUACUGCUCGACGCCUGGGAUUUGCCUGGGUCAUCGUCAACAUCACCUACCAGUACUUCACAGUCUGCAGAUCCACCGGUACUGAAGGUUGCUCAACAGGAACCAUCAUUGUCCCCGUCUCAGGUGGCAUAUCGUAUUCCGGCUGUCAACUCAAACACGUCGUCAUCGUCUACAUCUUCAACGUCUUCCAGCUUCGAAUCAGCGAAUACCAGCACACCAGCAGCUCCGUUGCCUAGGCGCUCUUCCCGUGUUAGAAGGGCACCCAUACGGCUCAACCUGUACGAGCGAUAUUAA